AUGUCAGGGGCUCCGUCCCGUCAGUUCAGUUCCACCAUGACUCCACUGUCGGAGUUUCAGUGGAUGUUUUUCUGGCUCCUGGUGAUCGGGGAGAGGCUGGCAGGGGCACGAUGUCCGCUGUCUUAUCCGGUGGGGCCGCAGCACCCUGUCCAGGGUCUACUGGAGAGGUUUGAAGCUGGUCCGGGCUGUGCUGCGAGGGAGCAGGGGAACAAAGAGACUCAUGUCAUAGCACUGAGAAGAAUGACAAACAGCCCUGAGAACAAGGUGACGGUGUUGCUGAAGCCCUUGUCUCCAUCCCCCCCCCCUCUAAGGCCCGUCCACCUCGUGCUCAGCUCCAAGCUUCCAGUCGCCUGGCUUCUGAAGUCCGAGCAGCUGCCCGGCAACCUCCGAAUCCUGGUUCAGCUGUCCGGAAAGUCGAGCGUAGAGUCGGAUUCUUUACCCUUUCACGUCCAGACGAUUCCCUCGCUCCCUUCACAUCCCCGGUCAUUGCAUCGCUGGGCUCUGAAACACCACGGCAACCUCUCUUCUCUGACACACGCAGCACACGGCAAUCGAGUCUACAUCAAUCUGGGAGAGGAUCCAGCCCUGCCCGAUGUGUGCCAGCUGGAGCCCACGUUUCUAUCUCCCAACUACGCGACUUUUGACCUGCAGCCGCAGCCAGUCCAGGGCUGCGUCUCAGCAGGCGGGGCAAACCCCCAAGUCCACGUGGUCAAGCUCCACUCGACGGGCUCGGACCUCUGCGGCUGUCGGCAGGCGAAGGUGACCGUCUUUCUCGUGCCCCCGGUGGCCAGUGCGAGGGCCAGGAAGGUGGAGCUGAUCCUCAGCAGCUUGGUACCGGUCAGCUGGGCCAUAAGUGCUCGUGGCGUCCAGGGCCACAUCCAUGUCCAUACCUCGGACAGCGUGUCCUGGCCGUAUCCAUCUGAGCCUAAUCUCACCCAGUCCAGCACACUCGAUUCUGACCUAUCAGCCGUGUCUGAUCUUCUCGCCUGGGCGGCCGGGAGGGGUCACACGGUCACCUCGUACACGGAGGCACGUCUGGCCAAUCGCUUUGUGAUCAAGCUGGCCGAAGGCAGGACAGAUGAGGUCGCAUUGUUGAAUUCUUUGGUCGUGAGAAGGCCCUGGGUGGAGGAGCGGAGGCUGAGGGACUGGCUGAAUACCAGAGAUGGUCGAGAGAGUGUCAAAGUUAACUGUGAGGGCGGACUCCUCAAUGUGACGGUGGACCACCGAAGCCUGCAGAGCCUGUCAGUGCCAGUCGCUGCCGUGACCCUGCGGGACCCCAGAUGCCAGUCCGCAUCCAAUGGGAGUCACUUCCUGUUAGCAUUACCAGUAAUUUUCUGUGGAACGGAAGCAGUGCUCCUGGGAAAGCCCAAAGGGGUGCAGUACAAAAACACGAUUUUACUGUGGACAGAUGACCCUCAGACCACCGUGUCGCUCAGAGAGACAGAGGAGUCUAAACGUCCACUCAGCGUACAUAUUAGCUGCUUUGUUGCCAUCCCUCUCCAUCCCACUGCAGAUGAUAAUGUGACCCUUCCUAUAAGCCUUCCUCUGGGACGGUUCCCGAGGGCAAUACUCCAGAGUCCAGAUCCUGGUCCAGGACUCGGCCACCGACUAAGUCACGUUCACAAUUCUGAGCCUGCUCUUCUAUUGAAUCUUUUUGUCACCGAGGGCUACGAGCAGACAUGGAUCGGACCCUCUGUAAUCACUGUAGGCCACAGAGUCUACGCUGAGAUUUCAGCCAAAGCAGCCAAAGCAGAUGUGGUGCAAGUGAGGUCGUGCUUUGUUUCCCCUGUGUCUGACCCCCAAAAAUCUCCCUUCUGGAUGGUGAUUAGCGAUGGCUGUGCCUCAGAUUCCUCACUGGAACUAGCUGUGAAGAGAGAAAAGCAGCAAGAGAACGAAGAUGACCGUGAACUCGAGGACACCGAAGGACUGCAAAAAGGCAGAAGUCAUUCCAAAGAAAGGAAAGACGCAAGAAAAGACGAGAAAAUCGAUCAUGUUAGGGGAGGAGGAGAAGACCCCUUAAGAUUUAGUUUCAUCCUACGAGCAGUUUUUAAUGACUCUAUUCAGUUUCUUCACUGCAGCGUCUUUCUGUGCCUCUCUGACUCAAACAAGGGGCAUCCCAUAAAGGACCCAGUCCAAAAUCACUGCCUGAGUGGGAUACCUAUCCCCCCAGUUGUAUCACGAUCGCCUAAUAACCAGUGUGAGAUCAGAAACCUCUACCGGCCCAUGGUGGUCACCCAUCCCAUUAGCUCGCCCGCACCCAACACACGGGACUUUGGUGGCCCAAGAACCAGGAGACGAAGUAUUACUCCAGUGAUUCAUCCAGACCCAGAACAAGACAGCCCUGUGCUGCAAACAGGACUGGUGAUGGGAAUUGCCUUUGCUGCAUUUGUGAUUGGUGUCAGUAUGAUGGGGGCGUUGUGGUGCAUCUAUAAUUACACAGGUAAUGAGAUAAACUGA